UGAACCCCCGGUACUUGUUAGUUGGCAUUUCAGAGUGAAACACUGACUCGCUGCUGUCAAUAUGGCAAGUCUGUUCGCCGCUGUGGCCUUGCUGGCUGUGUUUUCCAGCGGGUUAUGUGAGGAGAAAACCUUUCUGCAGAGAGCUGGUGUGGCCUUUAACAGCAGACAGUACAGAUCUCUGCUCACUGUUGACAACGGAGAGAAGUUUGGAAACUGGACCUGGCCAGAGAUGUGUCCCGACAAGUUCUUUGCUGUUGGCUUCAGUGUCAGGGUGGAGUCGAACCAGUAUGGGGCAGACGACACUGCCCUGAACGGGAUCCGCCUCAUCUGUGCCAAAGACGGGAACCGAAGCUUCCUGUACUCUGUUGAGUCCCACACUGGCUACUUUGGUGACUGGUCCCAGCCUCAGUACUGCCCCAGUGGCAUGCUCACCUCUUUCCAGAUUCGCGUGGAGCCUCAUCAGGGUCUGUUUGGUGACGACACGGCCAUCAACAACAUAAAGUUCCGCUGCAGCAGUAACCCGAUGCUGGAGGCGCCCGGCAUGAACUGGGGAGAGUACGGCUCCUGGAGCCAGGAAUGUCGUGACGGAGGAAUCUGUGGCAUCGAGACCAAGAUGGAGGAGUACCAGUAUGGCCUGGAUGAUUCCACCCUCAAUGACGUCCGCUUCCAUUGCUGCAACAAGCCUCUGCAGUAACUGGCGAGUGAGAAGCUUGGUCCAGUCCCUCUCUGACACCCUGAACUCAAAGAUGGCAAAAAUUAAAAAGUGCACAUUUGAA